AUGCGUCACGCUUCAACUUAUACCAUUUUCAUUCUGGAUAAGCCAGAGAAGAUGAGUUAUGGAUUUGUGGAAAAACCAGAAAAAGAACAAAUAUUGCUGAGCUGGACUUGGAAGAAGAUAGCGAUGGAGAGUGAAAAUCUAGAUAAUUGGACUCAACUCAAAUUGAAAGAUGUCCAUUUAGACUGCAGAUGUGAAGACGUUCCGACUCGAAAAAGAUUCGCAACUGCACUUCAUUCCCAUAUGUGUGAGGUGUUUCAUGUGAAACCGGAAAUGCAAUUCAAACUGUCUCUGGAUUAUAUGAAUGAACUGCCAGAUACAAAUACAGUCAGAGAUGUCACAUUCCUCAAAUCUUCGGUGAAUUCAACAGUGGCUGAUGAGUUCUUCGAAAAGUUUCAUGUUACACGAGCACUUUUCUCUAAAAGAUGCGUCCCAGACAGGCUAUUAAAAGAUUCCUACAAGUUUCUCGAAAUCAAGAACUUGUUUGUCAGCUGGUCUUCUUGGCUGGAUAUAUCGCUUUUGCUCAAAGUGAAAUGUGAAAAUUUAGUGGUCCAGUGUUCCACGUUACACAAAAAAGAUAUGAUUGAUUUUUUGAAUAACUGGUUGGAAGGGAACAAUACACGUCUGAAAGCUGUGUCAGUCUUCAGAAGCGUUGCUAAUGACGCUCACCUUAUAAUGGAUAAUUUCAACCUGGAAGCAUGGGAUCCAAAAGUUGAUAAAAUCAAAUAUGACGAACCGUAA